AUGCUUCCGGCUCCGUUGUUAGUCAACAAUCGUCCAGUUGGUUCGACGUCUGCAUCUGUCUCUACCUCGGGCCGGUCCCGCUCCAGUGAGGAGGGUAACGGGUCUGACAUCAGUUCCCAACAGCGGCUGGUUCCUAGUGCGCAGGAUUAUCAUGAAGGUUACGACAACACGCCAUAUUAUCCCCUGUCAAUCUCACACCAGGGUGCUGGAUUCGAGGAGAAGGUGUCACGCACUGCGGGGGUGCACAGUGGAGUCCUUCAGCAAGCCACUGUGUCUAAUCAGUAUCCAGGAGAGACAUACAAUCCGUACUUCCAACAGCCUCCGACUGGGUAUGAGGAUAUGCCCAUUCCAUUCACCACCGAUCCGGAUGACAUGCCCAUCUUACCCACACCUGCAUCGCCUGCUCGCACCAGGCAACGUGGCGUCAGCCUAGUGGAUAAUGGCCCAGUUCCAGGCCCCGGUGGCAUACGGCGUGUGGCAAGGCAGUCAAAUGCCAAAUGUGCGUCCUCACAGGCGCCUCCGCAGAAUCAGUAUUCUCGGUCAUCGUCGUCUCCUUACACGAACCUUCCCCUGGUGCUGCUCCUUGGCAACCUUUUGGCUCGUCAGUUUGAGGGCCGAAACAGCGAGGGUAUUGCAAAGACCAUGACGAAGCAGCGUGUCGAAUCACACUAUGAUCUGGAACUCCGUGCGGCAGUCAUGCACGACAUUCUAGACAUGAUGCCGGAAUCCAUCAAGCAGAACAAAUCCAAGAUGAUCUUGCAGCGUCUUUCAGAGGUGUGGCGUUGCUGGAAGGCCAACAUUCCUUGGAAUGUUCCCGGUAUGCCGACUGCGAUUGAGAACGUCAUUCUGCGGUAUAUCAAGAGCAAGGCCCACUGGUGGUGCUCUGUAGCCCACUACAACCGCGAGCGUAUUAGACGUGGUGCUACUGUCGACAAGGCGGUGGUGAAGAAGAACUUGGGACGGCUGACUCGCCUUUAUUUAAAGGCUGAGCAGGAGAGACAGCAUGGAUAUCUGAAGGAUGGACCGUAUAUCAGUGCUGAAGAGGCCGUAGCAAUCUACACGGCAACCGUGCAUUGGUUGGAAAGUCGCAAGUUCUCACCCAUCCCUUUCCCUCCACUCAAUUACAAGCAUGAUACCAAGCUGCUUGUUCUUGCUCUCGAGAAACUGAAGGAGGCAUACUCAGUGAAAGAGGAGCUUGCACUCAUUGAGCAAGCGUCUUUCUCGUAUCAAAUCGAUACAUAUGACAAGCUCAUCCCUUGCUAUGACAUUGAGCCCGUCGAGAAGAUUACAGAUGCUUACUCAGACCAAUUCCUGUUCUUUGAGGCAGAUAAGCGAGGACUCUUCUCGGCAUGGAUCAAGCUGGCAGACACUGAACCGCCGCCACUACUUGUAUACAAGUGGUGUCAAGGAAUCAACAACUUGACAGACAUAUGGGAGACCAGCGACGGCGAAUGCAACGUUCUAAUGGAGACUGUCCUGUCGAAAGUCUAUGAGAAGAUUGACUUGACGCUCCUCAACCGGCUGUUGCGACUUAUCUUGGACCACGAUCUUGCUGAUUACAUCACCGCGAAGAAUAACACAGUUCUCACGUACAAGGAUAUAGCACACACGAACGCAUAUGGAAUGAUUCGCGGCUUGCAAUUCUCUGCCUUCGUAUUCCAGUACUAUAGCUUGGUUCUCGACCUGUUAAUUCUUGGUCUCCAACGUGCGAGCGAGAUGGCGGGGCCUCCGCAGAUGCCAAACAAUUUCUUACAGUAUCGCGACUCUGCAACUGAGACUUGUCAUCCGAUCCGACUGUACUCGCAUUACGUCGAUCAUCUUUAUAUACUCUUCUGCUUCACCGCAAAAGAGUCCCGGGACCUCAUCCAGCAGUAUCUCAGCACAAAUCCAGACCCAACCAACAACAACGUCAUCAGUCUGGGUCGCGCCGUGUUCUGGAAUGUCAAGCAGAGUCUUCCGUGUUCCUUGACGACGAUUGAAUGGGAGGAUACAUUCGUCAGCGUAUUUUCGAAGGACAACCCUCAGCUUCUAUUCUCGAUGUGUGGGUUCGAGGUCCGUAUUCUGCCGAAAAUCCGAACGAUGGGCGGGGAACGGUUCUCGUUGAAGGACACAGUAUGGAACUUGACAAACGAGCAGUCGAAGGAGCGCACUGCUCAGGCAUUCCUUCGAGUAUCGGACGAAGGUGUCCAGCAGUUCAACAAUAGGAUCCGGCAAGUGCUGAUGAGUUCCGGGUCUACCACUUUUUCGAAAAUUGUGAAUAAGUGGAACACUGCACUUAUCGGAUUGAUGACAUAUUACCGUGAAGCUGUCAUCCAUACCAAUGAACUACUCGACUCUCUUGUUAAGGCAGAGAACAAGAUUCAAACUCGCAUCAAGCUUGGUUUGAACAGCAAGAUGCCAUGGCGUUUUCCGCCAGUAGUGUUUUAUACACUGAAGGAACUUGGGGGCUUAGUUACCCACUUUCGAGGGGGGAUGUCGCACGAAGAGGAUCAGCUUAUCCCUAACCUCUACAGAUAUCUCCAGCCGUGGGAGGCCGACUUCCUGGAUUUCGCUCGCGUGUGGUCCGAAUAUUCGAUGAAGCGCAAAGAAGCCAACCUGCAGAAUCGUCGUCUGACGUUGGAAGAUCUUAAGGAUAGUUGGGACCGCGGCACCCCCUGGAUCAACACCCCGCUCCAGGAAGAUCGUUGCAGGCGCACCUGUGGGCCUGUCAUCUCAAACCCGAUCAAGUUGGAUGAGCUGACGAUCCUGGAGGCGGGCAGCGACGAAAGUACCAUCCAGGACUUCCUCAGCAUCAUCGGGCUCUGCUCGGAGAUCCAGUCGCUGUCCUUACGACACCUUCAGUACGAUGUAGAUUUGGCGGGGAAGAGAAUGCUCCGGAUCCAGACUCCCACUGAAGUGCGCUCGAUUGCGACUGCAUUGUCCCUCUCGCGAGGCAUUACCGGAGACGCGUGUCGUGCGGUCAGAAAAGUACUCCCCAUGCACGCUUUGAACUCUGUGAAGGUAUACUGUGAAGUGUGGGAAGACGUGAUGGCCUUCGGUGCAUUGCUGCGCGACGCUGGGCCAAAUAUCAUCGAGGUGUAUUUCAACCCGUCGGGACCGAUUAUGGACCUCUCAUGGGACCCGGUGACCAACGAGAUGGAUCGACUCCCCACAGGCGCCUGGAAUGUGCUCAAUUUCGCAUCAUGCACGUCCCUGCAGUCCCUUGUCUUCGCCUUUGACCUAGAACAUCAUGGGCUGUACAUACCUACUAUGAACUCGAAUGUUUGCUUCGAUGAUAACGUCUUUGUUUUAAAUGUCUGCGUGUCUCAACCGAUCCUGCUCCACAGAGCAGCCAUAGUCAUAGCAAGGGUACGCAUAAGUGUUCGGUUCUACUACACUAGAACUGUAUGGUCGGAGGGGCUACAGGGAGUACUCGAGACAAGGAAAUACGUAUAA